CCUUUGUGGGGAACCCGCCCAAACUCCAUCCUCUGCUGGCAGCCACGCCCCAUGGUAGGAAGGAGGGCCUGAAAAGCAUUUCCUUGAGGCUGGCACACCUUGCCCUACCCAAACCGGUCUUUUUUUUUUUUUUUUCCCUGUCUGGCUGGACCAGUUCCAUCUGAAACCAGAGUGACCCAGAGGAGGGACAAGCUGGGGAACCUCCUCUCUGCCAGAGGGCAGGGUGCUAGAAUAGGCUGGAGGAGUGGCCGAAAACAGCAUCGAUCUCCACACAUAUGGGGAGGAAAUGCCAAAAGACUGUUAACGUACCAGGAGACCCCCUUAGAAGGAAAGCCGAGCUGGAUGAGUUGCAAAGAGCAAGACUGAUCCUUGGAAAUAAAAUGUGACUAACAACAGUAGGAACAAGGUGUUUGAAAGAAGCUGGGAGAGCAGUUCACGUGGCGUCUUCUGGACUGUUAUCAGAACGACUGAAUACGUGGGAAUUCUCCACAGGGAAUUAUUCUCUGUGGGUCAAGCCUAGAAGUGGACAGCUGUGUGGCAAUGGAAAAGGAGAAGGGCAUGAAACGGAUGCUGCUGGAGUGCAGUCUCAGUGACAAACUGUGUAUUAUCGGGCAGCAGCAGUAUGAAAUCAUCGUUGUCCCAACCCUUCUGGUUGGCGUCUUCCUCAUCAUUCUUGGGGUAAUCCUGUGGCUUUUUAUCAGAGGAAAAAGAUCUCAGCAACAGUCUCCCGGACUCCAAGGCAUUGCUGCUGUGCCUCCAUCUAGGGGCCUAAAUCGGGAAGCUGGAGAACACGGAAGUGUGUUUGUGCCACUUAAGGAGACAACGGUGGAAAGCCUUCUACAAACGUCCACACGGGCUCUGGCUAAGCUGCAGGUGCCCCGAGAGCAACUCUCUGAGGUUUUGGAGCAGAUCUACAAUGGGAGUUGUGGGGCCAUCUAUAGAACCAAGAUGUGCACUGGGGACCCUGCUAAGUCCAAGAGUGUUGUCCUCAAGACUUUAAAAGAACCAGCUGGGCUCCGCGAGAUUCAGGAUUUCUUAGGGCGAAUCCAGUUCCAUCAGUACCUGGGGACACACCAGAACCUGGUACAGCUGGAAGGCUGCUGCACAGAAGGGCUGCCGCUCUAUAUGGUGUUGGAGGAUGUGGCCCAGGGGGACCUGCUCAGCUUUCUCUGGACCUGUCGCCGGGAUGUGAUGACCAUGGAAGGUCUUCUCUAUGAUCUCUCAGAAAAACAAGUAUAUCACAUUGGGAAGCAGGUCCUCUUGGCUUUGGAAUUUCUCCAGGGUAAGCAUCUGUUCCAUGGUGAUGUGGCAGCCAGGAAUAUUCUGAUCCAGUGUGAUCUUACUGCUAAACUCUGUGGACUGGGCCUGGCUUAUGAAGUCCAUACCCAAGGGGCCAUCUCCUCGACUCGCACUGUACCUCUCAAGUGGCUCGCCCCAGAACGGCUUCUGCUGAGACCAGCUGGCAUCAGAGGAGACGUCUGGUCCUUUGGGAUCCUGCUUUAUGAGAUGGUGACUCUAGGGGCACCGCCAUAUCCUGAAGUCCCUCCUCUCAGCAUUCUACAGCAUCUCCAAAGAAGGAAGAUCAUGAAGAGACCCAGUAGCUGCACACACACCAUGUAUGGUCUUAUGAAGUCCUGCUGGCGCUGGAGCGAGGACAGCCGCCCUUCGCUGAGAGAGCUACGCUCGCGCCUAGAAGCUGCUGCUCAAACUGCGGACGACGAGGCGGUGUUGCAGGUACCGGAACUGGUGGUGCCUGAACUGUACGCAGCUGUGGCAGGCAUCAGCGUGGACAGCCUGUCCUACAGCCACAGCUUCCUUUGAAGAUCCCAGGGCAAGCAGCAUUCAUGGGUGAUCAUAUACUCCUGGAACCAAUUCUUCUAAGAACAGAGGAUGGACUCUCUAGUGGAACAUAAAGAAAGAAACAGGACAUGGAUCCUGGAUCUCCCCCCCACAUUUCCCUAAAUGAAAUGAUGCUGGGCGAGACUCUACACACUAUAUACCCUUGAGACUGAGAAAUACAAUUUCAUUUCUGCUCUCUCAAUCCUGAAGACCCAGGGUAGAAGUGGUAGCCAGUGCCACUGCACAGGAGGUUUUAGAAAUCUGCAGUGUGUGUGGGGCAUGGCCCAAAUAUGCUGGUCACCCCCAACAUAGGCUAGUUUCCUCCCGAAGGAUGCUUUUAUCUAGACUAUUAUAAGGUCCACAGAAAUUAGAAUCAAAUGAGGGACUAGAAAGCCAAUAAAGGACUUGAUGAGAAAAUUAAAGGUUCUAUUUGCUCAGGGGUGUAGAUGUGGACCAAGGUCAUCCUUCAAAGAGAAGGUGGAGGAAGGACGUAAAGUUCCUCAGUCCUGGCUCCUUCACGCAGGGCUGGAGGAGAACCAUGAAGGAAAACGUCUGAGUUUCCCCUGAGUAUAGGUAAGAGAAAGAUAGUCCCCUUUUACCUAAUUCUAAGACAGGUGAACCCUGGUGGUAUUACUUUUAACGAGAAGCUGGAGGGGUCAUUUUAUGAUUAGGAACAUUUAGCAUGUGUUGUUCAUCAGGCCAGCUUCCUGGUCCCUGUAAGACUGAGGAAUCUGAGCCUAGAGAGUCACUUAGGCUCAUGGUGAAUAUACUGUGUGUUUAACAAUAGGGAAUGUGGAAACCUAGCAAGAAUGCUUAGUAGGCCAGAAGGUCUUUAACAAGGGCUAGAAAAGGAUGUCAUCUGAGACAGCAGGAUGGUACCUUCUGAUUUUCAAUCAUCCACUGAUGUACUGUGAAACUUAUUUCAUUCAGUUAAUAUUCACUGAGUGAAAGUGGGCUUUUCUAGUAUACAGCUGCUAACAUCUUUACAAUAGGGAGGCUAAAAGUAAAUAAAUGGAAGUUAGCAUCAAUAGAAAAAUUCAAGAGACAAUCUACAUUGGCAGAAAAGAGAUAAAAUGGGGAUAAUACUUACCUCACAGGGUUGUUGUGAGGACUGAAUGAGAGUAUGUAUUUGUGUCUGGCACAUAAUAUGUACUCAAUAAAUGUCACUUUCCUUUCUUUUCCCCUUCCUACCUAUCCUAGAAUCUUUCAUAUCCUUUUCACUUAAAAUCUGUGGCCGAGAACCUCGGGUUGUCAGUCACACUGCAAGGCAGGCCUGCCUAAAGAUGAUAGUAGGGUACAAGCACCACAGGACUAAAAUCAUGAUGUCAUCAUUUCUGUGUGAGCUGCUGGGCAAUGAGAGGAGUCUCCUACUAUUUCAAAGUACUGAAAAUAUCAGGACGAUGACAGUUCCGUUGAACAUGUAGAUCUGUGAUUUUAAAGAAUACUUACUCAGGGUACUCUGGGAGGGACACCUAAGGCUGUAGGAAAGAUGACUGGCAGUUGAAAAUUCUGUAAAAGUUAGACUCCUGAUGGAGUCAUGAUGAGUCAUCCACUGAAUCAUGAUUCUGCACUGUAGGAAUACUGCAAUGACUAGUCAGGGUUUAAAUGGGCGGCAAGGAGCAGUAGAGAGAAGGAAGGUGGAGUGGCUGGGCACAAAAUAAUGAAGUCCUACGGAAGCUCAUUGUUGCUUCCUGGCUCUUCAUUUAAGUCAAAUUUACAAAACAUUUAUUUAUGCAAAUAUUUUUUAAAAAAUUGAGUGUUAAGGAAAACACUGCUAGACACUUGCUAGGUGUUGGAUAAAAGGAACAGAGAGCUUUUGAUUACAGCCUAGAAAGUGAGAGACAUUAUAUACAUAUUUGUGUGGGUAUUUGUACAUUAUGAAUUGUGGUAAAUGCUAUGAAGAAAAAAUAAAGGAUAGCAGAAGGGAGUAUAAAAUGAGGCGCUCUCUGAAGAAAUGGCAUUUAAACGGAGACCUUAGAGAUGGGGAAAUAAGCCUGACAAACAGUGAGAAGAGCCUUCCAGGAGAAAAAUUAUAUGUGUGAAAACUUUGAGGCAAGAAAAAAAGCAUAGCUUGUUUGAAGAACUGCAAGGAGGCAGCGGGAAGGGAGCAUAGUGAGGCCAGAGGAAAGAGGCGCAUAGUGAAAUGGAGCAUUGCUCUUUCAUUAUGUUAAUUUUUUUUUCGGAGGAGGGAAAGAAACAGACAAUAACAUUUUAAACUUUUACCCAUAAUUGUAUUUGUUUUUCUGAAUAUAGACCUGGAAAACUGGACAAAGUAAUUGUUUAAGAAAACUGGGCUUACUUGGCCAUACUUUUUCAAAAAGGGGAUUAUAUGGGCCGGCUGAGUGGAGCGUUGGUUAGGAGCUGGCUUGGGAUGCCAGAGGGCU